AUGGAAAGCAAAUACCUGGAACCAAACUCCUCGUUCGUUGAAUCCCUAUGUUUCUCAACGCCGUCCCGAGAGCAGGGCUGGUCAUUUCUUACACCCAGCAAGAGAGCAAAUCGCAGACGGGAAAAUUUUCCCAAAGCCAAGGAUACGGGCAUCACCCAGCGUUAUCAAUCUCCUUGGGUUGCCAAAACCAAGUUCGUUCCACAACCAGACGGCUAUAGUGCACCGCAGAACGCCCAAUCUUGCGCCGAUCGUGGUCCCGGGGCCUAUACAAGCAUCCACAGUCAACAGGUCCACGAGUAUAUCGCAGCCUACCACGUCCUAUGGCGAGCAAACGCCCUCGCUCAGAUUCACCAGAGGCGUCCUCCUCUCGCCCCCGCUGAAAGGCCACAAAGCCAGACCCGCCUCCCCCAGUCCCGUAUGAGGAUUCAAUCUUCUCGGCCCAAACAGAUGUUUCAGAAUCCACGCGUGCAGCAAAUCUAG